CAGUGUGGAAUUUAUGAACAGGGGACCGUUUCUCUUUCAUGCAUCUUCCUCAUCAACAGAAAUCUUGCCGGGAUCCCAAGAAUACAACAACAUGGGAAAAUCUGCAGCUUCAGAAUAAUGCAGCUUCGGAGCUCCGACCACCGCCGUCUCGCGAGCCUCCUGCGGUCCUGCACCGACGGUAGAUCCUACCGGACCGGCAAGCUCCUCCAUGCCCGCAUCCUCCGCCUCGGCCUCCUCGACGCCACCUUCCUCUGCAACCGCCUCGUCGAGCUGUACGCCGCGUGCGGCGAGACGGGGCGCGCUCGCUCGGCGUUCGACGGCACGCCCCGUAAGGACGUUUACACGUGGAACGCGAUUCUGGGUGCCUACUGCAAGGCCGGAGAACUGCGGUCCGCGCGCCGGCUGUUCGACGCAAUGCCCGAGAGGAACGCCUUCUCGUGGAACAACGUGAUUAGCUCCUUGGUCAGAAAUGGGCUCGACCAGGAGGCCGUGGAGGUCUAUCGUUCGAUGACACUGGACGGUUUUGUGCCUACCCGUUUCACUCUGGCCAGUGUGUUCAGCGCCUGUGGUGCUUUGUUGGAUGUAGAGGUUGGCAGGAGGUGUCAUGGGCUUGCUGUGAAGAUCGGUCUUGAGAAGAAUAUUUAUGUGGGUAAUGCUUUGUUGUGUAUGUACGCUAAGUGUGGCCGCAUUGACGAUGCCAUUUGGGCUUUUCGAGAUUUGCCUGAUCCAAAUGAGGUUUCUUUUACGGCAAUGAUGCAUGGCCUAGCGCAAACCGAUAGAGUCCCGGAGGCCGUUGAGAUGUUUAGACUGAUGUGCAGACGAGGGAUACCUAUUGAUGCCGUCUCCCUAUCAAGUGUGUUGGGUGUUUGUUCUAGUGGGGGAUAUGAUGAAUCUUUCCUAGAUAGUUGUGGUGGUGGGCAUUCGUGCAUACUUCAGGGCCAACAAGUGCAUUCCCUCGUAAUUAAACUUGGAUAUGGGAGUGAUAUUCAUUUGAGCAACGUAAUAAUUCAUAUGUAUGCGAAGAAUGGCGACAUGGAUACCGCCGAGAUGAUUUUUGGUGAUAUGUCGGAGAUUAGUGUAGUUACUUGGAAUCUGAUGAUUGCUGGGUACGGGAACAAAUGUGAAAGUGACAAGGCCAUAAGAUAUAUGCAGAGAAUGCAAUGCUGCGGUUUUGAACCAAAUGAAGUCACCUUUAUAAAUAUGCUUGUGGCAUGUGUAAACUCUGGGAAUGUUGAAAUGGCUAGUCAAGUUUUUGAAAAGAUGCUGUUUCCAACAGUUAGUUCCUGGAAUGCCAUGCUGUCAGGGUAUUUUCAGAGUGGGAACCACAUUGAGGUGAUAAAGCUCUUCCAGAAGAUGCAAUUUCUAGGUGUGAGACCUGAUCGAACAUCUUUAGCUACUAUUCUUAGCUCAUGUGCAGCGCUUGAGGUUGUGGAGUUUGGGAGGCAGGUGCAUGCAGCCUCACUAAAGGUUGCCGGUAACGCAGAUGUAUAUGUUGCCAGUGGACUCAUAACCAUGUACUCAAAUUGUGGAAAGAUAGAGCUAGCGAAGCUCAUAUUGCAUAAAAUACCCAAACUAGAUCUUGUUUGCUGGAACUCAGUGAUGGCGGGUCUUGUGCUUAAUUCCCUGGACAUAGAAGCUGCUGUGUUAUUUAAGCAGAUGCGGCAAAUGGAGAUGCUUCCUACUGAAUCCUCUUACGGUACUAUGUUGAGUUGUUGCAGCAAAUUUAGUUCUUCAUUUUAUGGGAGGCAGGUGCAUGCUCAAAUAGCUAAAGAUGGAUAUGCAAAUGAUGUAUGUGUAGGAAGUGCCCUUGUUCAUAUGUAUUGCAAAUAUGGUGAUGUAGAUGAUGCUCGAAGGUUCUUUGAUAUGAUGCCCUAUAAAAACACUGUUACAUGGAAUGAGAUGAUACAUGGAUAUGCACAGAAUGGCUUUGGACAUGAAGCUGUACGCCUCUAUGAAGAUAUGAUUGGUUUGGGCGUGAAAGCAGAUAGCAUUACGUUCGUUGCUGUUUUAACUGCCUGUAGUCAUGGUGGGCUUGUUGAUGCUGGAAUCAGUAUAUUCAAUUCAAUGCGGCAAGAACAUGGCGUAGAACCUCUUUUGGAUCAUUAUGUAUGCAUAAUUGAUUGUUUGGGACGAGCCGGGUGCUUCAAUGAAGUGGAAGGGCUCAUAGAUAAGAUACCUUAUAGAGAUGACCCAGUUUUGUGGGAGGUUCUACUUAGUUCUUGUAGGGUCCAUGCUAAUGUGAGUUUAGCAAAAAAAGCAGCUGGAGAACUUCUCCAUCUGAACCCGCAAAAUUCAGCCCCUUAUUUGCUUCUUGCCAACAUCUACUGUUCAUUAGGAAGAUGGGAUGAAGCAAGGGCAGUAAGAAACCAAAUGAAUGAUAACCAGAUUGCUAAAGAUCCAGGCUACAGUUGGAUUGAUAUUAAGCAUGAGAUACAAACCUUCCUUGAGUAUAAUCCUGAGGUGGUUAAAGAGAGAAUUGAAGCAUGUUAACCUGUCGAAAACAGAAUGAGGUAACCCAUUCUUGGACAGUGUUUUUAAAAGAUUUAGCCGGCUGGUGGUCAAGAAACUUGAGAUGAUUAGAUCAGAUGCAGUCUUGCAGGCAUCCGUGCAGAAUUGCACUGAUUUCUAUCCCAAGUAAAUGAGUGUCCUGCGGAAAAGAUGAUUAGAUCAGAUGCAGUCUUCCAGACAUGCAGUGGUCAAUUGCACUGAUCUCUAUCCUAAGUGACCGGGUGUCCCACAGAAAAGGGAAUCAUCACCUUCUCGAGAAUUACCUCUAUGGGAAAACAAAAGGCACAGUUGGGCUUGGUGUGAAGGACAGCUUGAUGAAUAAAGCUGUAGCAGCACUUAGAUCUGGCCACCUCAGUCUGAAGCUCGAAGAGACUUGGUUUUUCGAAUACUGAGAGAGUUUUUCAAAUUCUGACAUUGGAGGGAUGCAGUCUUGUGGCACAGCUGCACAAGAAAUGUCUCUCAUUAUUCUGCCUGUGGAAGAAUGAAGUGGAAAACAUAACUCUGGUUGGAUUUUACUGACUCGACAUUAAAUCAAGUCCUUAACCAGAGUUGGGGCCUCAUGUCAUAAAGGCUUCUUGCAGGACUGACAGGCCGUGGCACACUUCGAGAGCUAGGAAGAGCCACAGUGCUGGUAGCUUGAAGAUGAUCUUGAUCCAAAAACUAGUGAGAUGAAUAUAAGAUAUCGGCAUUAGGAAACCCAUACUUAAGAAUAAUAGCCACAACAAUGUCCGGUCGUAUUCUGCAGUGUAAUCUUUAAGGUCUUUAGUUGGUGGCAAAAAUUGGUAGCACAGUCAUGCCAUAGAAAAAUUAUUCAUCUUCAACUUUAGUACUAAUUCCUAUCCUGAAAUUUGUAAAUCUCAUCCCUGGUAAAUUCUUCCUUUAUAUUUGAAACUAUGACUUAGUGGAAGGGAGCCCUUUUGCUUCUUCCAAAACCGAUAACUCCAACAUCAUCCUCAUUGCAUCACCCUUGAGAAUUCACCAUGAUGAGAUAUUAUUCUGCAAAAUAAUGAGCCUUUGUCCUGUCACCCUGAAGCUCCUUCUCAUACCCAAAACCACAUGACCUGAUGGCUUUGCCAUCCACUGAUUUCCAGGAAAAAUUAUGAGAGGAUUCAGUUUGAUGGCUUUUGAUGGACCAGUUGAUAUGAUAUAGCAUAGAGGGAGGCGGAAGCAGGAAUCUUGCCAUGUCUCGCAUUUCAGUUGACGGAGUUGCUUGAGGUAAUUGCCAAGGCAUUUGGUGCUAUAGGGCUCUGCCUCGUCCAGCAUUGCUCCUCCUUUUCCAAUGAGACUCACUGCCCUGGUAAUGGAUUUUCUGGUUGCAUUAUUCUCCCUUUGUUUUGCUCUCCUUGCGCCUUCAUUUCCUCCCCUCCCUCGAUAAACAAAUAAUGACUCUUUGGAUUAAGAGACUGUCGUUCUUUUCAGAGAAAAGUUUGGUGCUUUCCAUUGCAGUGUCAUUUAUGAAUCAGGUACAUUAAAGAAUAUUCUGGAGGGAUUUUUAUAAUGAUAAAUCUUAGAGUCUGGCUGAAGAACUCGGCUGAACUCUUUCGCUCGUGCGCAGAACUUGAGUAACCUAAGUUGAACGAGUUGGUGAACCUUACACCAACUUAUUUGAAUCAACCCCGUGGUUCAACCACCAAAUCAGAGCUAUGAUUCUGAAGUCACUGUUCCCAUUAACUGUUUAGUUUUUCGUCAUUCUUAGAUGCUAGAUGCGUCGAACCUUGGAACACAUUGUCAGAGAAAUUCUUAACCUGUUUAAGAUGGUUAUUUAGCCUCGUUGUCGUACAUGAAUUGUGAACAUAUAUUUCACCCCUGUUUUUUUAGUUCCAACUUGCCUUACACCCUUGGCUUACAUCUAAUGACACCAUCUCUCUGUUUCUUAAGCUACUGUUUUCCAUUUGCAUCCUCCUCUGCCAUCAUGUACAAUGUCCACAAGAUUAUCUCAAACUCAAACUCUUUUCCACCGCAUCUUUGCUUUUCAUCUACAUAGUACCUGUACACAGAAGAAAAGGGUCUCUUUUCAAAUUCAAGCCUAUUGACAUCUCUAGUUAAGCUCACAUUCCUUGAAAACACUCAGUUAAUGGAUGGGAGUCAACUAGGUAUAUAACUGCUCAAUCCCUAUCAUAUACUUGAUAUGAGACUUUGUUUUACAAACACCUCUACACAUGCACCUUAACAGGCUCUAACGUCAUCACCCAAUAGUUUGCUCUGUUCGGGGCGAAUUAUGAAAGUAGCACGCUCUUUGCGAAUCGCGGACGACGACAAGGUGGUGCAUAGAUUGCCCAUAGAGUAUUCAAACUUGAGCACCAACCAUUGAUACAUCGUACCAUCACCUUUGGGUAAUACAUAACAGAACUGUAGAAGGUUGCCACCAGGAUUUCUCAUUGGACUGGACAGGACCACAAUUUAAGAUCCUGGCAUGGUAUUGACACUACCUUCAUCAACCCCAAAGUAAGAACCUGCAGAAUUUAUGCCUCAUGUCUCCCUGGAAACCUCAAAUUUACAAAUUCCCAAGCUCCCAUGAAACCACAACUCUUGUCUCUAUAAAUCUGCCCCUACACACCCAAAACACCUCAUCACCAGUCAUUUCCAAAAACAAGUAAAAA